AUUCUAAUCUUCACACUCCUAUGUACAUAUUUUUGAUGAUGCUUUCACUCAUUGACAUCUCCAGUACAUCAAAUAUUAUGAUUAAAAUGCUAUAUAUGCUUCAUACACAGCAUAAAACCAUUUCAUUCCUGGCAUGUAUAACUCAAAUGUAUAUAUACUCAUCCCUGACAUGUACAGACUUCUUCUUGCUUGGUGCCAUGGCCUAUGAUCGGUAUGUGGCAAUUUGUCAGCCUCUUCAUUAUUUUAUUCUGAUGAGUAGGACACACUGUUGUCUGUUCAUUAUUACGACUUGGAUUCUUGGUUUUCUUAUGCCUCUGGGUCAUAUACAUUUUAUAUCUAAGUUUUAUUAUUGUACUUCUCAUAUUAUUGACCAUUUCUUCUGUGAUGUUACACCAAUAAUGAAACUCUCCUGCAGUGACUCAUACGUUGUAGAAUUAUUAACUUAUAUUGAAGGGACAUUACUAUUAUUUCCAGAUUUCUUGCUUAUUUUAACCUCCUAUAUAUUAAUUAUCUCCAACAUUGUGAAAAUAAAAUCCACAGAAGGACAACGUAAAGCUUUUUCUACCUGUACCUCCCAUUUGACAUGUGUUGCUAUGUUCUACGGGACUGUUUUGUGUUUGUAUGUGAGACCCACAUCAAACUAUUCUCCAAAACAGGACAAGUUUUUUGCUAUUCUCAAUGUAAUUGUGAUCCCUAUGCUGAAUCCUCUAAUUUAUAGUCUCAAAAAUCAAGAAGUUAAAAC